CUGCGUUCCUCGAGUCAUCGAUCAUUUGAACAGUCCCACGGGUAAAGCCGAAGCAACCUUUUUGUCCUACUGAGUGUUACUAGCUGUAUUGCACGCUUGUAAAAAUGGCCAAGCACACCAAAAAGGUAGGGAUCACCGGUAAAUAUGGUACCAGGUAUGGUGCCUCGCUCCGUAAAAUGGUGAAGAAGAUGGAGAUCACCCAGCACGGAAAAUAUCCCUGUUCUUUCUGUGGAAAAACUGCCAUGAAGAGAACUUGUGUUGGCAUCUGGUCAUGCAAGAGGUGCAAAAGGACAGUCGCUGGAGGUGCCUGGGUCGUCGCCACUACUGCUGCUACCUCAGUCAGAUCUGCCGUGAGGAGGUUGAGGGAAGUCAAGGACUUGUAAACUGUGUUUAUAAAUAAAUAAAUUUUAUAAAAUA